CUUUGAUUUGACAAAUUUAUAUCCCCUUCGUGUAUUUUUCAUCCCCUUAAGGAAUUUGUAGCAGCACAUCUACCAUCACCUCUUGACACACCGGUUACAGACCUCCGGCUUAUAUAAUAACAAUUAACAAUCUGUCAUUUUCUUAAAAUUCUCUCAGUCCAGAUGUUUCCUGAACAGAUGAGAACAUGGAUGAUGUGCCUAGUGGAGUAACACUGUAUUCAGAUUUCUCAAAGGGCCUCAGCAAAACAAUCUUGUUUCUUUUCCGUCUUGCCUGGUACUCUAGAAUCAGACUUCCAGCUUAUUUAACCUUUAUAUUUCUAGCUGCUGAUAUCAGGCUUAGUGUUGAAAUAGUGAUUGGGGAGCAGCCAUUAAAUGAAGCUGAAGAUGAUCCUGCAUAAAACAUAAUUUUUGUCAGUGUUGGCAAGGAAUUUUCUGCCUGUUAGCAUUUAUUCAUGACAUCUUUCAUGCUGCAUAUUUGCAUAUCAUCUACUUAAAAAAAAUAUAAUAGCCUUGGAUUCAUGGCUUCAUUGUUAUUGAAGCUUUAUCAGUUUGUUUAAAUCUGGAAGUUUAUUACUGAAGAAACAUGAGUAGAGGAGUUCGCGAUUUAAGAGACCUUAUCUGUGUCUCAAGACUGACAUUCCAUGAAAGUGAAGAAGAAGAUAUAUUUUCUGAUUAUGAUGGAACUUUAAGCAAUGAGAAAAGUUUUUCUUGUACAAGUUCGCAAUCAGAUAAUUCUAAAUCUGACAGUCCCCUGGACUCUACAGAUGUUGUUUCUCCAGAUUCAGGCUGCAUCACAGAGUCUCCUGUUACGAGCACUUCUCAGAGUGCUUCUGUUGACCGAUUUGAGAAUGAAGAUAACCUCUUCAUGACUGGUCUUCAAAAUAAGAUAAAAGACACAAAAUUGUCCCUUUCUUUGGACAAUGCAAAGUUAAUUAAAAACCCAAGGAAAAAGAAGAAAAAGUCAAAUAUCUCCCACAAGCCCAUGAGGCACGAUCUUCCAAAGCCUGCUCCUUUGCCACCAGUUCAGAGUUCUCCAAGCAAACUUAGCAAACUUGGAGAACAUAAGCUGGAUAUUAACCAAAGUAAAACUGUCACUGCCCCAUCACAGAAUCACCAACCUAGCAAAGUAAAGACUCGUAUACAUUUUGAUGAUAUUUUGACAUUUAUGGAUGCUACUAUUGUUGCAAAUUGGCUGAAGCGAUCUAAUGAAGCUAUUCAAGAACUUGCUAAGUUCUGCAACAGUGGGGAAAAUUUCAUCCAGUUUGCCCAUUUUUGGCUCUCCGAUUUCCCAGAUUUUCAGAAGAAAGAUAUAUUUUCAAUGGAAUAUGACAUAUUGUUAGACGAAAUAGAAUUAGCACUAGUUGUUGGGCGUGAGAGUAAGCAGGUGGAGAGGCGUGAUAUUUUAGACAUGACUGGAGCAGUUUUCAAGGAGUAUCCAGUCAGAUUAAUGGGCUCUCAAGGUCCUCACAUGUUCCUAGACUAUUUGGAAAUUCUUACAUCAGGAAAACAUGAUCAGUAUAAGAAACUGCUCUCUGAUGUUCGAUGCUCUACUUCUAAUCGUCAGUAUGCACAAUGGCUUCUGGCUACUCGUUCCUUUGCCUUAGUUAAUGUAUGGUCAUCUGUAGUCAAUUUUUAUCGCAAUCUCUUGGGUGUUGUGACAUCCCAGGACAAAUCGUCUAGUGAUCAAGGCUCAUCAAAAGAACUGUCUCACAAGAGAAUAGUGCAAUCAUUACGGUAAGUUCUUUAAAAUAUCAUUUUUGAUGUUAUGUGUUCAUAUUUUAUUUGAAAAGCGCAAUAUGUUUCAAUAAGUGUGUCACUAACUAAUGACAAAAUAUGCUUAAAAUUUUUUUAAACAAAGAGGUUCAAAUUGCUACAAAUAAUAUUUUAAUAAUAAUAAUAAUAAUAAAGUUUAUUUGAAAAACACGCUUCAUCCCCAAAAGCUCGAAGCGCGGUACAAAGUCAACCAUAUUAUAAAGAGAAAUAAAGACAAUCUGAAAUUUGCCACAUUUAAAAAACAGACGCAACAAUAUAAAACUACAUACGAGCAUACCAAGUCAAAGUCUUUCAUUUACAACUAAAUUAUUAUUUUGGUACCAUCGUUCAGCAAUGCUGAUAUCAGGUAUACACUGUGUCGGAAAAAAAAAAAUACCCAUUUGAUAAUGAUUGGUCAGUGGAGAGCCAAUCUUGAAGCCAGUGUUGUAGCUAAGCAUGGACACUUUGAACACAAACUGUAAUUUAAUAAAAUUGAAAAUCAUGUUAGAACUACAUUAAGUUUCAUCAUUAAAAAAAAAAUUGAUAAAUAUUUAACAUUUGUUUAUUAGUUUUCAUAAUUAUAAAAAGAGUUCCCUUUUUUUCCGGAUACAGUGUGUGUGUAUAUAUAAAAUAUAUUUUAUAUAUACUAGCUAUAGCCCACCAAACAAUGGCAGCCUCAAUGCAUUAACUUCUCAUCUUCAAAAUUUUACUUGAAAAAACAUGUAGUUAAGAUUCCCAAUUAGCGCUUCCCCAUCCCACCCCCCACUAUCCUUCCGAACUCUAUUAAUAUUAAUAUUCUAAUGUUCCAACCAUGUUUGCAAGCACAUUUAUUACACCAACUUUUUCUGUAACACAAAACAAAAAAAUAUUACAUACCAUUUGGACUUGCAGUAUUUUUAAGAACCUCAUUUAGCGCAGAUAUAAUAUCAGUAAUUUUAUUAUGUGCUGUUUUUUUUAACAUCUGGUAUCUUUAGUGACUAGUUAAUUGGGACAUAGAGAAUAUAUAUAUAUAUAUAAUAAUAAUACUAAUAAUAAUAAUUCGCCAGGAGGUCUGGUCAGUUGCAACAGAGUUAAGGGGUAGAAAAUUUGAAACGGCCUUUGAAUUAUAUUACAUCUCUUGAACUUUGAUAAUCCAAUUUAUUUUUCACUCAAAAGCAUUAGAGCUGGAAUUUGACGAUAGAACAAGGAAAAAUUGGUAAACAUUAAUUUUGGAAACGUUAACUAAAUCGCAUACAAUUAAACAACAUACAUUUGUGAGAUGUAUAAAAAGAUUUGUGUUUUAUAAAAACAAUAUUUCAUUUUGUGGGGGUAAAUAAAUUUUAACCAUUUAAAAUGGCAAUACUUUAAUGACUAUCAGUACUGCAAAAAUUGAAAGGGUGGAAAGGUUGGGUAAUGAAGUCCAAAAAAUUAGAAUCAGGCUGGACAAGGUGGGGGAACAUAGUGCACAUUGGCGAAUCCCAAAAAUAGAAAUUCAGGUAAAUCCCAAGUCAAAACAAGCCCCCCCAAUAGAAUCAUGCCAUAUUAUACAUAUGCCAUGCGGUUGUGUUGCCCCAGCUAGUAUAUGAAUUACUAAAUUUAUGUGCUACACAUAAAAUUAUGUUUUCAUAUUCCUUAACAGCACCAACCUCCACCCCCCAAACGCAUGAUUGGACACCACCCUAUGCAUUCAUAAAAUUACCUACUACCCAAAGCUAUUUAAUGCUUUUAAUUUAUUUAUUAAUUACUUUUUUUUACCCAAAUGACAGCAGUUCUGUUUGAUAAAACUUGUUAUUUGAUAUUAUUUUUGUUUUAAAAUUUUUGUGAAGACGGAUCGUAAUACCUUGACAUUUAUUGAAUUAAAUUAGGUCCUGAUUUUUUAAAGAUAUUAGCAAUUAAAAAUGAAGAUCUUUAUUAAAGGUCUGUGGAACAUGAAUGAAAAUCAGUAAUGAAAGAGAUUAUAAUUUUUGUGCGUAGCUGAAACAACAGUCAAUUACACCAGUGUAAUGCUUCUGCAUUGGCUUUUGUGCAUUAAAAAAAUAUAUACUGUUGGGUAUAUGCACUAGGAGGGCUAUGAAAAUAUGUGCUUACAACAAUAGUGACAGGGCUGUGUUAACAUUCUUUAGUUGUCAUAGUUUUUGUAUGCAUUUGUAUUGCCUGGUGCAUUCUAUUAAUAAUGUACUUGCAUCCCCCCCCCCCCAACACAUUUUCCUCUGUGCCUCUGUAAUGUAGGGAUGGCCCCUUAAAAGUUACUUGUUAAUUGAAAAAAUGCUGAUGAUUAAUUGAGAUUUUUUUCUUUACACUGAACACUUUCAAGGUUGGGCUUAACAGAUGUAGUUAAUUACUUUCUUGUAAGCGGCCAUGUAAAAUCUACAUAUUUAGACCCUCACAGAAAAUCUUUGCUCUUCCUUGCUGUAAUGUAUACUCAGCCAGAAGUUGUCAAAUACUUGCUGACUAAGGUAAGUUAAAAAAUAUUUUUAAAUAUGCUAAAUAUUUACAGAUAUAUUUAGAAUAAAUUACAUUAAUAUUUUUCAGGCUUUCCAACAUUCAUAUUAAGAAAAAUAUCUGGAGGGAUAAAUUUACAUAUUUUUUCUCUCUAGCAUUUAAAUAAAAAAAAGUUUAGAAAAUAGAUUUUCUGCUGUUAGAAAAUAGAUUUUCUGCUGUCACAUCUUACAAUCAGCCAGUGUUUAAUUAGACUUUGUGGCUCAGCAUAGUACAGUAAUUUGUCACUAGUAAAAUGUUAAAUACUUGACUUAUCAAAGGCAACCUCUUGUGUUAUCAGGUAAAUCCAGCCAUAGAUGUCAACCAGGCAGCAGACAAUGGCAACACAGCAUUGCAUGCCGCUGUCAACAGUGGCAGUCUGACCAUUGUCAGUAUGUUGUGUGAGAGCGACAGCCUUAAUGUCAACUGUGUCAACAAACAGUGUGACGGUGCUACUCCUUUACACUUGGCUGUCAUGCAUGGUAUGUAGUAUUUUUAGGCCUUAUAAUGAAAUGAAAAAUUAUUAUCAUUAUUUUUCCUCUGGAAAAGAUGGAUAUGUUUUUCCAGUGAAUUUUUUUUAUUUUGCGCUUAAUUCAGGUUAAUGGUUAGCAUUAUUUUUUGUAUAAAUUUAAAAAUCUUGGCAAAAAAUCUAUGUGAUGCUUUCACUUGAUGUUUAUAAAAGCAUACUGAUCUUAUUCCUGCUAAUUAUGAACAAAUGUCAUAAAAAGACGAAAUGAUGAUUGACAUAAAGUAUCUCUAUUUUCUAGGACACACCGAUAUUGUGGAUUGCCUUUUGAAACACAAUUCUAAUCCGCUGCUAAAAAUGGCUGACAAAACAGCAGUAGAGCUAGCCAGGGACUUCAACCAAAGUGAAAUUUUGAAUAUACUAGAAAACAAACUUGGAGUAAUAACUGUUAAAGAGAUAUAAUCUGUGUGACUUUCUUAACAACAUUGUUGUAGAUCAAUCAUUUUGAUCAAAGGUGUGAGCAUUUUUUGUUGUUUUGUUUGUCUACUAUUUAGCAAACUGUGCCCUGUGAUAUGAUACACUUUUAAACAUUUUACCUUGAGAAUGCAGAGUACUUUAAUAAACAAGUAUGAUCUCAUCAGCUGUUGGUUGUCAUUAUCUUGUAAAAUGCUCUUUAGGUUUUUAUGUAACGUGACACCUAUUAAUUAAAUUUUCAAUGAAUCAGAUGGACAUUUUGGAAAAGCAUAAGAGUAAGAUUAGGCUUCAAUCUUAAACUUAAAAUCUAAUUUGUGCAGGUGUAAUUAUGAUCAAUACGUUUUAGAAGUCCCAAGAUUUAGGCUUACUAAUUAUAAGAAAAUGGUGCAUGUAAAAUUUAAAGGGGCUGUGUAGGUAUUUUUAAUGAUACCUCCCAGAAAUCACAUAAAUGGUAGGGCUCAUCAUCAAGUUGAACAAAUAUUUUGAGUAAAUAUGCAUACGGCAUGAAUGAACAUCACAAGAUUUCACUGAUUUUUGCAAAUUGACUUGUAAACAAAUUAUUAGUCUCAAUGAGGACAUCAGAUGUGUGCAAUGUUUUAAUAUUUUUCAAAUGAUUCUUUUUUAAAUUUGAGAUGCUAAUCAAAAGCAUUAAGCAAAGUUUGACAGAAAAAUUAUAUUUAAAGUACCCCACUUAAAAAGCAUGCCCUUAAAAAAUGUGUAAAAAUAAAAAUAUGCAUCUUCUUCCUAGAAUUGUGUUUGCUAAGAGCUUUUUAAACUACAGAGGAGUUUAACCAUCAUCAAUAAAUGCCAUCACAAUUCACUAUUUCUAAAUUUCACUGUGGAUAGAAGACCGCUGCAGCUCUUCCCAUGAUCUUAAAAGUGGUGCACUGCUCACCCUUUCUCAAAAAACAUUUGUAUGCAGGCAUCAACAACCAGUGUUGAUAAGAAAAGGGCUUAAAACUUAGGGCUGAUUUGCAAGCUAUUGAUGACCAUACUGAUCACAAGGAACUAUUCAGUAAUUAUAAAGCUGAGUACUAUUGUGAUUACUAUAGAAUAAAAUUAUUUACAUUUAUGAUCGUUUCCAAAUUAAAGCAGCUGUGACCAUUAUGUAGGUGCAUCAUUUUAAAGUGACUCCAACUGAAAUUUUACCCGGUAUUAAUUUUUUUCUGUAACAUUGUUUGGCUAGAUUUUAGCUUAUAAAAAUAAGGUCAGACAAUGUGUUCUUUUCUGUUCUGCUAUUUAGCAAAAAAGUGGCAUAUAUAAGUAAGCUUUUUUGCCAGUUUUAAGGAACUUGCACCAAGGCAUAUUUUCCCACACGUUCAUUGUUUUCCUCAUGAAUAGACUGAAAGAGAUUUUAAAAAUAUAUUUUUGCCACUGUUGCACCUGUUUAUAUGCAAAAAAUUGUAUACCUGCCGCACAUGUAAAUCUAACUAGUAUGCACAUCUUGUUUGUGCCACAGUAUGAUAUUACUCAACAGGCUCCACAUAUUACCCUGAUUGAAGAUAUUUUGCAUUGUAAAAAUGUGCGCUCCAUCUCUGAAAAUAAAUGGUGUAUUGUUGACACUUUUAGAUUGUGAUUUGAUAUUAUUAUCAAUAAACAUCGCUCCAGACCAACAGUUAUUUUUUUCUCAAUAUUUUUGUUUCAUCACUUAAUAUAUAUCCC